UACUAAAUCAUGGGGCGGUCUAAUCGUCCGAGAAAUUAAUAAAGAACUGCGCCAGUCGUAGGUUCAUGCACGAAAGCUUUGAAUCCGCAUGACAUCCGGCCGGUGGAAUUUCGUCGGAGAAGAUUAAGGAAGUCCUGCGCGUCGAGCGAGUCGUAAGUUCCGCUCUUCGUCGGCGUUUAGUUUUGAUUCGGAGGUCAGAAUCUGAGUGAGAGGAUCCGGAAACCAGAAUGACGGCGGCACGGUGCUGGCCGUCGAUGGAUAUGCUGCGAUCGGAGCCGAUGCAGUUGGUGCAGUUAAUUAUUCCGAUCGAAUCAGCGCAUCGCGCCAUUUCGUACCUCGGAGAUCUCGGCCUAUUCCAAUUCAAAGACCUCAAUGCAGAAAAGAGUCCAUUCCAGAGGACAUAUGCCACUCAGAUCAAAAGAUGUGGGGAGAUGGCUCGCAAGCUACGAUUUCUUAGGGAUCAAAUGAAAAGGACUGGUUUCUUGUCGUCUUCAUGGUCUCCAAUGGGCACUAAUGUCAAUUUGGACGAGUUAGAGGUAAAGCUAGGAGAGUAUGAAGCAGAGCUGUUAGAGAUGAAUACAAAUACUGAAAAGUUGCAGCGUUCUUAUAAUGAACUUCUAGAGUAUAAGCUUGUUCUAGAAAAGGCCAGUCAAGUUUUUUAUUCAGCUGAGCAUAAUGCCAUUGCUCAGCAUAGAGAAGUUGAACAAGCCCUUGGUGAGGGAUCAAUUGAUAGCCCCCUGUUACUUGAGCAGGAGAUGUCAUCUGAGCCAUCAAAACAAGUAAAGUUGGGGUUUGUUAGUGGGCUAGUUGCCAGGGAAAAAUCGAUGACUUUUGAAAGAAUUCUGUUUCGUAGCACCAGGGGAAAUGUGUACCAUAGACAAGUGGUUGUGGAAGAGCCCGUGACUGACCCAGUUUCAGGAGAUAAGGUUGAGAAAAAUGUAUUUGUUGUCUUUUAUUCUGGAGAAAGAGCAAAGAAUAAAAUACUGAAGAUAUGUGAUGCUUUUGGAGCAAAUCGCUAUCCCUUUCCAGAUGAUAUUGGCAAACAAUAUCAAAUGAUAACUGAGGUAUCAGGAAAACUUUCAGAGCUAAAGACCACUAUAGAUAUCGGCCAGCUGCAUAGGGCCACUCUACUGCAGAGUAUUGGUUAUGAAUUUGAGCAGUGGAACCUUCUGGUGAAGAAAGAAAAAUCUAUAUACCAUACUUUGAAUAUGCUCAGUCUUGAUGUAACGAAAAAGUGCCUUGUUGGAGAAGGCUGGUGUCCUACCUUUGCAACAAAUCAGAUCCAGAACGUACUAAACCGUGCAACCGUGGAUAGCAAUUCACAAGUCGGAGCCAUAUUUCAGGUGUUGCAUACCAAGGACUCACCUCCGACGUACUUCCGUACCAACAAAUUUACGUCUGCUUUUCAAGAAAUUGUUGAUGCAUACGGGGUGGCCAAGUAUCAGGAAGCAAAUCCAGGUGUUUACACUAUUGUCACCUUUCCCUUCCUAUUUGCAGUUAUGUUUGGAGAUUGGGGCCAUGGAAUAUGCUUGUUUCUUGCAACAUUAUACUUCAUACUUCGGGAGAAGAAACUGUCCAACCAGAAGCUCGGGGAUAUCAUGGAGAUGGCAUUUGGUGGUCGCUAUGUUAUAAUGAUGAUGGCUCUGUUCUCAAUAUACACUGGACUGAUAUAUAAUGAAUUCUUCUCUGUUCCUUUUGAACUAUUUGGGCGCUCUGCUUAUGAUUGCCGUGAUUCAACCUGCAGGGAAGCAUCCACACUGGGAUUAAUUAAAGUACGACAUACAUAUCCCUUUGGUGUAGAUCCCAAGUGGCAUGGUACCCGUAGUGAAUUGCCAUUCCUCAACUCUUUGAAGAUGAAGAUGUCAAUUCUUUUGGGCGUUGUUCAGAUGAAUCUUGGAAUCAUCCUGAGUUACUAUAAUGCAAAGUUUUUCCGAAAUGAUCUGAAUGUCUGGUACCAAUUUGUACCUCAGAUGAUAUUUUUGAACAGCUUGUUUGGAUACCUUUCGCUGCUCAUAAUUGUCAAGUGGUGUACUGGGUCUCAAGCUGAUUUGUACCAUGUAAUGAUAUACAUGUUCCUAAGCCCCACUGAUGACCUGGGAGAGAAUCAACUUUUUAUGGGCCAGAAGUUCCUCCAGAUUGCAUUACUUUUAGCGGCACUUGUUGCUGUACCUUGGAUGCUGUUCCCAAAGCCAUUUCUUCUGAAGAAACAACAUGAGGAAAGACAUCGUGGUCAAGCCUAUGCACUACUUGACAGCACUGAAGAUGAUUCUUUUGAAUUGGAAGAACACAAGGGUUCACGUGGACAUGAGGAAUUUGAGUUUAGUGAAGUUUUUGUUCAUCAAGUUAUACAUACCAUAGAGUUUGUUCUUGGAGCAGUCUCCAAUACAGCUUCAUACCUACGUUUAUGGGCCCUCAGUCUUGCACAUUCAGAGUUAUCAAGUGUAUUUUACGAGAAGGUCCUACUUCUUGCAUGGGGAUUCAAUAACAUUUUCAUUCUUAUCAUUGGCAUAGUCGUAUUCAUAUGUGCAACUGUUGGUGUCCUACUGUUGAUGGAAACACUGAGCGCCUUCCUGCACGCGUUGAGGCUUCACUGGGUCGAAUUUCAGAGCAAGUUCUACGAGGGAGACGGCUACAAGUUUAGCCCCUUCUCUUUUGUAUCAAUCGGGGAUGAUGAAGAAUGAUCAUCCCUGAACACUAUAGUGGAUUUAGCAUAUUCCAGUUGCAUAGAUUUUGUUCACAAAGCUGUAUAUGUAUACGAAGCCCUCCCUGUGAGCUGCAUGAGAUUUGUUGCUGCUAUGAUCAAGAAUCCUGGCUCAGUGACCCUUGCCCACUGCAAGAGUGUCCAUCUUUACUCGGGGAAUGCCUGUUGUGUACUAUUGUCAUUCAUUGUUGUAAAAAGUCAAAAACACUUGUGUGGUAGUAUACAUGAUGACAUCCAUUUCUUCUUUUGUAAUGUUAGUACACGGUCUCAUUUGGUU